CACUAAUCAGUAUGUUUUCAUCAAAGGUAGUUUGAUUAGUGAUAAUAUUCUCUUUGGACAUAGAAUGAUCAAAUUGUAUAAUAGGAAAUUUGUCUCCCCUAGGUGUGCUAUGAAGACGGACAUUAUGAAAGCAUUUAAUAGUGUUGGAUGUACUUUUCUAUUAGUGAUGGCAAUGGGACGGGGGCAGGGCGGGAUGGGUAUCUCAAUACUCAUACCCGCUCCACACUAAGCGCAUGUCAGGUGCUACCCACGGAGGUAAGGGGCUGGACGGGCCUACCCAUCCUUAUAUGGAAUUUUAAACAAACAACGUAGAUAUUUAACUCUUUUUCAAGAACAAUUAGAGAAAAAAUUCAUAAACGAAUGAUAAAAUAUAGUAGAAUGAAUAAUUGAGUUUAAACAGUUGAAAGAUAGAGUCUUAAAAUUUCUUUAGGACGAAAAAUAAGAUUUUUGGAAGGGUCAUAGUUAGUGCAAAUCAUGAUAAAACGAGGCGGGGUGAGGCAGGUUGGAAAUAAUACCCAUGACACGCCCCACGCUAAUGUCGGUCGGGUAAUACCCGUCCCAAAUAGGUCGGGACAAGUCGGGUCGCUUAGAUCAUAUCGGAAAUUGCCAUCACUAUUUUCUAUUUGAUGUCAUGGUUGCAAUCAGGGGUGGAAAUCGGUACGGUAUCGGUAUCCCAAUACCAAAUACCGAAAUCCCGAAUACUGAAUUACACCCUAAAGUCAAUCCCAAUCUCAAUCCCUAAAUUAUUUCGGUAUCCCAAUCCCAAUUCCUAAAUAUUUCGGUAUCCCAAUCUGUACUUCGGCAUUCCAAUCAGUAUUAUCGAAUAAGAAAUUAAUUACCUUUGCAAUUAAUAAUUAAAUAUAUUUAUUAGAUUUUAUUGUUUAAUUUAGGGGGGAAAAGACUAAGCAAAGAGUUUUGAAUUAGGAUAUUAUUAAGGAGAGUGGAGGAGAGGAGACAUCUCAAGUUCUUGUCAUUGAUAAUUGUUGGGGAUAUAGCUCCAGUCGCGCAAGCAAGACUGCCAAGCGUGCUACGCGCGCUCGCGGAAAGAACCUUCUGCGAGUACUAAAGGCCUCCGCGAAAAAAGACACGUCCGAAUUGUUGGGGAUAUAGCUCAAACCCAGUCGCGCAAGCAAGACUGCCCAGCGCGCUCGCGGAAAGAACCUUCCGCGAGUACUAGAGGUCUCCGCGAGUAAAGACACGUCCGCGAGUGCCAGAAGCGCCAGACGGCGUCGUUUUGCUCUACUCAAGCCAGCGCCGUUUUGUAAACGCCAGACGGCGUCAUUUUCCCUAUACAAGCCGACGUCGUUUUGCUUAAUUCGAACUGAGAAGGAAAACCGGGAAGAAUGAGGUCGUAUCCUCCGAAGGAACGGUCACAUCCUAGUCCUAGGUAUAAUUAUGGCCUAAGGCAUGGCCUAAACGUCUGACACACGUAGCAGUCAUGUCACAUUAAAUGUACACCCACUGCAAUGUGUCCUAUAAAUAGAGCAUUUACUCCGGUGGGUGAGGGGAUCGAAUUUUCUGACUCUAUCACUACAAAGUAUCAACUUCUCUCUCUAAGAUAUCACUCUCUCGAUCACAUUCUCUCAUACCUUUGUUCUCCAACCGAUAGAAGAUUCUCGUUGCUUGCUCUUCUCACCCCAUUUUCCCGAGUCUCACUCCUACACUUAGUUAGGCUCAAACAAUUGGCGCCGACCAUGGGGCCGAGUAGAGAAGCAGUAGAAAAUCAACUAAUGGCGGAACAUAAUCCCAACUCAGCCGACGAGGCAACGCCCAUCAAGGCAAUGACGAACCAGAGGGUGUUCGCGGAAGCCAGCAACCUUAACGCAGUACUUAUUGAAGAAGAAAAGCCCGAGCUAACAGCCAAAGAGAUGAGGCAACUAAUGGCGAAGCAAAAUGAGGUCAUAGCCGAUAUGCAAAAAAAGAUGAGCAAAGUCAUAGCGCUCAUGAUGAGCAAGGAGGCCAUGUCAACAGCACAUGUGGCGCCAACCGCGCCACAACAGGUGGCAGGUGAAGCGUCAGAGUCUGUCCCAGCGUCAGAGCUUGCCCCACUAUCACAACAAGCGCCGUUCGAGUCACCCGCGCAUGAAGUGCAACAAGUGGAGCCGCGGGCCAGGGUGGACCUCAGCUUCUUGGAGCAACAUUUAUCCCCGCAGUACAGCCCCCACCCACCCCAGAAGAACCCUCCAUCAACCAUUAAGCGCGGAAAUCAUGGCAGAACACCUAAGCGGAAUGCCACCCGCCCUCCUAACAUAUAACGGAACAAACGACCCAGAGGACCAUGUAAGCACCUUUUGCCUCCGGAUGCAACUCCAAACCAACUCCAACGCGGCGUUAUGCAGAACCUUCCCAUCAACAUUCUCCGAAAUAUGCCUCGAUUGUUAUAACAGACUCCCAAAUGGGAUCAUCCGCUCGUUCGAAGAGUUCAUACUCUUGUUCAUAACUAAAUUCGCGUCCAAAAA